AUGGCUGGCCGGGGAAACAAAGGGAACUUGGGUCGGGCCCGGGGAGCGGCGUGCGCGGUCGGCGAGUUCGCGCCGGGUCCCGGGUGGGAGUCGCCAGGCGCCCGUGCCAGCCCGCACGCCGCGCGCUCCGGGAGGCACAAAGCGCCCUCCCCGGAGCCGGCGGCGCCCGGGCGCCCACCUGCCGGGCCGGGCCACCCGCGGGUGUCCGGGCGGGGGGCGGCCCGGGCGGCUGCCGGGGGCUGGGGCGCGGGGAGCCCGGCGGGGCGGGGCGGGGCGGCGCCCGGGCGCGCGCGGGGAGGCGGUGGGGGCGGAGGAGGCAAGAGGAGGAGGGAAGUGGGGAGCGGGAGUGGGUGGGGAGGAGGGGAGCGCGGGUGGGUGGGCGGGCGGCGCCACGUCACGGCUAUUGUAGCCAUCCCGGUAUAUAAAGUCCCGCUCGCGGGCCGUGCUCCCCACUUUGCCUGCGCCCGCCCGGACCCUGCCGCUCUCCACCCACUCGACAUCCAGUGA